GUCUACCCACGCGUAUCCACCGACCUUUCUCAUCGCACUCCAAUUCGCUCCUCACCCCGCCGUGAGCCGUUAGUGCCACCGACCCGCUCCACUCCCCGCCGCAGCCGCCUCCUCUACCUCUAGCUGCUCGCUGAUGGCGAGACCGGCGGCGAAGGCGCGGCCGACGAAGCACCUGGUGGCGCUCGCCGUCGUCGUCAUCCUCGGCCUCGUCCUCGUCGCCGACUUCCUCUGGGCCUCCUCCUCCUCAUCCCCCGCUAUCUGGUCCUCCAGACUCAUCCUCCGCACCAGCCCCACCGCGCCGGCGCUGCCCGCCGCGAAGAAGAAAAUGAAUGACAAGAAAUCUGUAGGUUCCAUGGACAUCAAUGCAACAUUUGCAGAUUUGCCGGCACCAGAAUUAAAAUGGGAAGAGAUGUCUGAAGCACCUGUUGCACGUUUGGAUGGUGCUGCUAUACAGAUUAAGAAUCUCUUAUAUGUAUUUGCUGGAUAUGGCACCAUUAACUAUGUGCAUUCUCACGUGGAUGUUUACAAUUUCUCGGAUAACACAUGGGGAGGAAGGUUUGAUAUGCCAAAAGACAUGGCACAUUCUCAUCUGGGGAUGGUUACAGAUGGAAGAUUUAUCUAUGCUGUAACUGGACAGUAUGGUCCGCAAUGUAGGGGACCUACAGCUCGAAAUUUUGUAUUGGAUACAGAAACAAAAGAAUGGCAUGAUUUGCCUCCAUUGCCAGUUCCUAGAUAUGCUCCAGCAACACAACUUUGGAGAGGCAGACUUCAUGUGAUGGGUGGCAGCAAGGAGGAUAGGCAUGAACCUGGGCUUGAACAUUGGAGUCUUGCAGUAAAGGAUGGGCAAGCAUUGGAGAAAGAGUGGAGGAGCGAGAUACCAAUACCACGUGGCGGUCCUCAUAGGGCUUGUGUUGUUGCUAAUGAUAAGCUCCUUGUUAUCGGUGGUCAAGAAGGUGAUUUCAUGGCCAAACCUGGAUCCCCUAUAUUUAAAUGUGUCAGAAGAAGUGAGGUUGUGUAUAGCAACGUUUACAUGCUUGACGAUGAAAUGGCAUGGAAGGAACUUCCAUCUAUGCCAAAACCAGAUUCACAUAUAGAAUUUGCUUGGGUGAAUGUCAAUAAUUCUCUGAUUAUUGCUGGAGGAAGCACAGAAAAGCACCCAAUAACUAAAAAGAUGGUCAUGGUUGGUGAAGUAUUUCGGUUCAAUUUGGAGACGCUGGAAUGGACUGUGAUUGGGCGGUUACCUUUCCGAAUCAAGACCACGUUGUUAGGGUACUGGGAUGGCUGGCUGUAUUUCACUUCUGGGCAACGAGACAAAGGUCCAAAAGACCCAUCUCCUAAAAAGGUUGUCGGGUGCACGUGGAGAACUAAGCUGCCCCUGUGAUUUUUAAAGAAAAACUGAUAUGACUAAUCCAUUCUUUUUGCAAUUUUUGGGUAGAUUAACUGUUUCAUUCCCCUUGGUGGGCAAGUUGUUUAUUAUCAAUACGGGAAUUUGCUGGCUUUGUGCAUAGUCACAUCAUGCCACAUGUCUGUUGUAUGCCUUUUGUUUUGGUUAUAUCAUAGAAUCACCCACUUUUGCUCCAUUUUGUACAUAGAGAAUUGAUCGGCUAUGUAGUGAUUAUCGCAAUCCUGUAAGUUGCAGCAUAUGCAUUUAUUUUGUCAUUCUUUGUGCUCGUACCGACGUUUAUGGUGGUACACAGCAAGCCACGGUAGUUGUAUAAUCCAUUGGGCAUCUUCUGUACUGAACACCAACUUCAACUUGAGUUAUUCUUAUGUGUUGACUUCCACUCAAA